AUGACUGACGCUGAAGCCAAGGUAAGAAGUAUGGGGUUGUAGGUGGGUUUUUACUAGGGAGAUCAUAAGACGUUUGUAUGAGAUCAAAGUUUUGUUUUUGAUGAGUUUUUGCUUUUAUUGCUUUUUGUUUUUUUGAGUAUUGCUAUAUGACUUUUGCUUUCCCAAAUGCUUGCCAGUAAAGGUCUGUGUCACUGAUGACAUUCUUAGAGAUCAAAAUUUCCAAAAACUUCUCAAAAGCCCCUCGAAAUCCCAUUUGGCCUUGAAAACACCUUUCAUCGUAUAAAAUGUCCAAUUUCAGCCCCUGAAGCGUGUCCCACAACACGUCAUGGUGUUCCCGGUCUCUUCUCGGCCCCAGGCCCGCCGCUUGGUGCUCCGCAAUCCCACCGGCCGAGAGCUGGCCGUCAAGUUGGUGGCCACCUGCCCGAAGGCGUUGCAAAUCGACGGACCCCAUUUGAUCAUCGCGCCGAACGAAUGGAAUUCCACCAACAUGGUCCUGGACGCGAACAAGGUGGCGGAACAGAGCGAUCUGCAAUUCCAUUCGGUCUUGGUGUACUGUCGGCUGCGGUCCAAGUUCAGCGAGGUCGGAUUGGCGGACUGGUUCAACGAGGAGGACAACGAGAACCCCAUCAACUUGGCGUAUUCGCUGAAGGUGGGUUUGGGGAGAGGUCAAACUGAUGAGAGUAAGAAAGUCUUCCGAGAGCAAAUUUUUUGUUUUGGGGCAAAAAUUUUGACUUUUUUCGAGUUUCCUCCAUUUUUCCUAGCUUUGAAAAAUCUUACCUCUUUUUUGAGUUAUACAGUGACGGACCUGAUCCAGUGGCAAAAAACGUACCAUUUUGCAUCCGGGAAGUAUCAAAAAAUGUGGCAAAAUGUCUCCUUCUACAACUUUGAAGAGCGCUUUUUAAAAAUUGGAGUUUUCUCACUUGGAGAGGGAGGUAUUUUGCCACAUUUCUGAUACCUCCCGGCUGCAAAAUGGCACUUUUUUGCUUUUUUGAGCUCUUAUACAGUAACGGGCCUGAUCCAGUGACAAAGAACGUACCAUUUUGCAUUCGGGAAGUAUCCAAAAUGAAGCAAAAUACCUCCCCGUCCAACUAAAAAAGCUUCGUUUUGAAGAGCGCUUUUUAAAAAUUGGAGUUUUUUCACUUUGAAAGGGAGGUAUUUUGCCACAUUUCUGAUACUUUUCGGAUGCAAAAUGGUACUUUUUUUGCCACUGGAUCAUGUCCGGCACUGUAAUCUUGACUGAAAAUUUUAAUUUCCAGAUCCACCGCACCAUCGAUUUUGCGGCCCCGGACACUGUGGUCGACCUUCCAGGCAAGGCGUGUCUGGUCGAGCCAAUCAACGCGCCCACUUUUGACUACGAUCCCCGCGACGUGGCCGAUUGCCUCACGGCCCGCGGCGUCGAGUCCGAGACCGCCACCGCCAACCAGCUCAGCGAGACGGACCUGUUGGCCUGUUGUCCCGACUCGCUGGCCAAGACGGCCCUCGAGUUUGACGACGGCACCCGCACCGCCAGAUGGAUCGGCAGGGGAUGCUGCGCGGUGAAAGCGUUGGACAGCCUCUACCCCGGAAGCGGCCAAGCCCUGCAGAAGAAGGUCGGCACUGUCUUCCCUUGCGGACAGGCCUGA